UGGCCACCGUGUCCCGCUGACCGUCACUCUCAUCUGUGUGUUCAGCAACAGUCGCGCCUACUCGCGCUGGCCUCCAUGGCGACCAACUAGAAAGGUAUUUUGUCACGUCGACCAGCCGGUUAGCUCCAGUGAGCGAGCUAACGGGCGUUCUAUGAGAUGGGAUGAUGUAGCGAAUAACUCUUUUGGACGAACCGCGCAGUACCUUAGCAUGCUAAGCUAAAGUGGAGCCGCACACAUUGGCCAGGACAAACUAGCCAGCAACUAGAGCGAGCUAACGGCUGUGAGCUAACGCAGGCUAGCAUUCACCUGCAGGCUGUUCUUGCUAACUAACUGACGCAGCCAUCGCUAGCUAACAUGAUGGAAAGUGUGAAGGGAAACGAGCCCGGAGCGCUUUCAACUUCAUCAACGCCACAGGGGGUUCUUGAUUCUGGCAGCGACAGUAAUCUCGCUAAACUGAGUGGAUUAACACCGCUGUCUGCGGGGAAGAGAACCUCAAUCGGGGAGGAUGACGGCGGCGGCGCAGAGGCGAAACUCUUCGGGAAGGGACUCGCAGCCACCUCCCUUCUUCAGAUUGCGAUAAGGAACGGGAUUUAUCAAAACCAAGUUGCCAACGCUAUCGGCGGUACGGCCAAAAAUAUAAACAUGCCCGCCGUCAAAACAGCCAACAUUUACAGUCUGACAUCAGUUAACAGCACCAGUUCAGUCAACUCUUUGCUGAGCAGGAGGCAGCAGAGACACAAGCGGAAUCUGUCGCUCGGGGCUCCGCCGACCAGCAGCUCGCCCGGCGUGUCCUCCGUCGAGGCGGCCAGCCCCGCUCCCUCUGCCUCGCCUUUGAGCACCCUCAGCCUGGAUAGGAGGACUUUUCUCCGGCAGAAGCAGUCAAAGCAGCUUCAGGCCUCGGAUAAAACAUGGGUGAGAUCGGACCUCCGGCGGGGCUGCAUACACGUCCACGACUGGCUCACGCCCUCCUACCCGCGGCCGGUGCUGUGCACAAUGGAAACAACAGCUCAAGAGAUAGCCAGUAAGCUGGAGGGGAGCAAAGCUGGGGCUGUGUUGAGAAUUAACUACAAAACUACAACUGCAGUUGAUUUAAAAGAUAACUGUAAAGAUACUAAUGGACAGACUGAUGGAACUGAAAGCCUCAGUGACAGUGUGGAUAUCAAAAACACUAAAUCAGAGGAGACUGAGCUCUCAAAACAGUUUGAUCACGAUGCUAAACUGUCCUCUAACUUGUUGGAUGAUAAAACAGCCAGUAACUCUUCAUCUGAGGUCUAUCUGAAUGAGAUCGGGGUGGAUCUGAGCCUGAGUGUGGCAGACUGCUAUGGAGUCUACUCUGGAUCAGAUAUGGAGAGCAGCACCUGUGAGGACUUCAGUCCAGGUGGACUGAGGAGCACAGAGCACCGGAACUCUCUAAGUGAUGGGCUAGGUUUAGGCACAGAUUCCUCAAUGCUGAGUCCAAAUUGUGACAGCGCCACAGAGGGACCUGACCCAUUUGAGAGCUCCUCAGAUGAAGUGGACCUCACCUCUUCUCCAACACAUUCAGCAGGAAACUCUGCUGCAGACCUGCCUGCCACGGACCCCAGCAGCACCUCCAGCCAAGUCACCGCCACGUUAAAUGACACUGAGGCCGAAGCUGGUGAUAACGCAGAUACCCCCAAAUUAAUCAGACCUCCCUCUAAAUGCCCCAGCAGCUCACAGACUCGGCCCCUGACCAGCCAAGCAUCUGCCCAGCCUGACCCGGAGAUCCCUGUGGGGAGCAAAGCAUGGCCAGAGCCCAUCAAUACUUGUCCGACCCCAGCUCUCUUCAUCCAGCUGCAUGGUGGAGCUGUGCGACGGCUGGGAGAUGAUGAGAGGCCUCUGCAGAUAUUAAAUGAAUACCUCAGUAAUCUGGGGUUUGAAGACCCAUGGAGGGUGCAGGGAGAGGGGAUGAAUCCAGAAAUUGGCUGCCUGAUACGCUUCUACUAUGGUAAGCCUCGCAGUGUGGGCGGUUCUGAGCGUGUGCAGCUUUCUGGGGUGUUCAACGUGAGGAAAGGGAAGCUGGCGCUGCCGGUGAACCGCUGGUCAAAGCGUCAGGUCACACUGAGUGGAACCUGCCUCAUUGUGUCGUCUGUGAAACACGCCCACACCGGCAAGAUGCAUAUCCUCCCUCUGAUCGGGGGAAAGGUGGAGGAGGUGAGGAGACACAACCACUGUCUGGCUUUCAGCUCAGCUGGUGCUCAGAGUCAGACGUACUAUAUCAGCUACGACUCUUACACUGAGCAUCUCCGCUGGCACAGGACAGCCUCAAAGAUUGCGUCCCAGAGGGUGAACUCAGUCGACCUGUCCUGCUGCAGCCUGGAGGAGCUGCCAUCUCAGCUCUUUUACAGCCAUGACCUCACACACCUCAAUCUCAAAAACAACUUCAUUUCCCUGCACAAAGGUGUUCCAGCACUGACCAGGUUUUGUAAACUGAGAAGCCUCAGUCUGUCAAAUAACACUCUGUCAGAGUUUCCUCUGGCCUUGUGUGACAUCUCCUCGCUAACGGAGUUAAACCUGUCUGGAAACCGUCUCUCGUCACUGCCUGCAGACGUAGGAACCAUGCACAACCUGCAGACGCUUCUCUUGGAUGGUAACUUCCUGAAUUCACUUCCUGUAGAACUGGGCUCUCUGGAGGGCCUGACCUACCUCGGCUUGUCCUUCAACUCUUUCAGCUGCGUCCCUCCCGUCCUAGAGAAGCUGCGGGGCAUGGAGAGACUCUGUCUGGCAGGGAACCAGCUCUCUGUCCUGGAUAUAGCUGGACUGCAGUGGCUGCCUGCUCGCCACAUAGAUCUCAGACUAAACCGGCUUCAAAAGGUGACAGUUGGACACUCAGAUCAGCUGGUCCACAUCGUCCAGCUCGACCUGAGAGACACUGGUUUACAGGAGCUGGAUAUCAUGCCUCUCUGCAGGCUGGAGCUCCUCCGCUGUGACAGAAACACUCUCUCCAACCUCAGAGUCAGUGGCCACGCCCUCAAGAGCCUGCACGCUGCACACAAUGAGCUGAAGCUGCUGGAAGUGCAGCCGGUGCCAGAGAAUCUGACUGUUCUGGAUUUGUCCUGGAACAAGCUGGGAUUUGUCCCCGAGUGGGUAUCUGAGAGCAGCAAACUGGAGGUGUUGGACAUCAACCAUAAUGCUAUUACAGAGCUGCCCGUAUGGUUGAUGUCCAGUGGGAGCCUGAGAAAACUGCUGGCAGGCUGGAACGAGGUGUGUCAGCUGGCUGAGAGGCUGGAGAGAUCCCAGCUGGAGGUCCUGGACCUCCAGCACAACCAUCUGACUGAGCUACCACACAACCUGUUCAUUAAAGCACAGAGCUUGCGAUACCUAAAUGUGUCAGCCAAUAAGCUGGAGAACCUCCCUGCAGCCAGCCUAUCAGAGGACAGCUUCAGCAGCCUGGAGGAGCUUUAUGUGACCAAUAACAACCUGACAGACAAGUGUGUGCCUCUGCUGACUGGACACAAACACCUCAGGGUGCUUCACCUUGCCUACAACCAGCUGCAGACCUUCACUGCCAGUAAACUGGCACGGCUGGAGCAGCUGGAGGAGCUGGACCUGAGCGGCAACAGGCUGAGGGCGGUGCCCACCACCAUCCUCAGCUGCCAGCGUCUGCACACUCUCUCCGCCCACUCCAACUGCAUCAACGCAUUCCCAGAGGUUCUCCAGCUGCCGGAGAUCAAGUGUGUUGACUUGAGCUGCAAUGAGCUGACUGAAGUGACUCUGCCAGAGACGCUUCCUCCCAAGCUUCAGGAGCUCGAUCUCACAGGAAACCCCCGUCGCAACCUGGACCACAAGAGCCUGGAGCUCCUCAAUAACAUCAAAUGUUUCAGGGUGGAUCCAUCACCUUCAGCUCCAUGUGUGAAUGAGCGCCACGGUGCCCCGGCUGUCUGGAGCCACGGCUACACAGAGGCCUCUGGAGUCAAAAACAAGCUGUGUGUGGCUGCUCUGGCCCUCGACAGCUUCUGCGGGAUCCGCGAAGCUUUGUAUGGCGUUUUUGACGGAGACAGGAACGUUGAGGUGCCUUACCUGCUGCAGUGCACCAUGGGAGACGUGCUGGCAGAGGAGCUUCACCGGGGCCAGAGGCAGGAAGAUUAUAUGACCAACACUUUCCUCACCAUGCAAAGGAAACUUGGCACAGCAGGCCAGAGGAUGGGCGGCUCUGCAGCGUUAUGUCAUAUCAGACACGACCCGGUGGCUGUUGGUGAGCACGGCGGCUGCUUCACUCUGAAGGCUGCCAACGUUGGCAGGUGCCAGGCGGUUUUGUGCCGUGAUGGGAAAGCUAUGCAACUCUCCACCACACACACCGUCAAAGAGGAGGCAGAGUAUCAGAGGGUCCGACAACACAACGCAAUCAUCACAGAGGAUAACAAAGUCAGCGGUGUGACUGACUCCACCAGAAUUAUGGGAUACUCCUUCCUGUGUCCGUCUGUGACCCCCAGGCCCCACAUCUCUACGGUGACCCUCACCCCUCAGGACGAGUUCUUCCUCCUGGGCAGCCGGGGCUUGUGGGACUUGUUGUCUCCCAACGAGGCAGUGGAGGCAGUCAGGAACGUUCCAGACGCUCUGGCUGCUGCGAAGAAGCUGGUGACAUUGGCUCAGAGCUAUGGCUGCUCUGACAGCCUCAGCGCCGUAGUCGUACAGCUCAGUAUCACAGAAGACUGCUGCUGUUUUUGCGAGCCACCACCUCCACCGCCCAGCCCUGGCCUAGGUGCACAUAACAGCACACACCCCUAUUCAGCAGGUGGUGAUGGCGGCAUACCGCUCCCGCCGGCCUCUUCUGGAACAGUGAGCGAGCUGAGCAGCGAGUUUAGCACAUCUGAGAUGAGCAGCGAGGUGGGAUCCACGGCGUCCUCAGAGGAGCCGCCGCCACAGACCGAACCACUGACGUCCCACCUGAACCUUCCGGGCCGAGUUGGCCUGCGGAGACCCGUCUGUGGAGGCGGAAGCUUCCAGAGACAGUUCUCCGGAGCUUUGUCUGAUAACGGUGUAGACAGCGAGGACGAGGAGCCCAUUGCAGGUGUCUUCUCUAAUGGCAGUCGGGUGGAGGUGGAGGCUGAUGUCCACUGUCUGCAUCGCCACGAUUGCCCAGCACCCCAAACACAUGGUCACUCUCAAUCAAGCACAAACAUCCCUCCUGCUGUCAUCUCGCAUCAUGAGCCAGCACCUCUUCCCUUCUCUUCCCCGUCUCCUUCCCCCAUCCCUCCCUCCUCUCCCUGCCUCAGCAGGGAGCCUCAGUCAGGGACUCUGGGCCGCAGGGCUCGAGCUAAUGGCUCUGUGGCCUGCCAAGGCAAGAACCAGGACCUCAUAGAGGAGGCGGCCGAUGCUCCCGUCAGGAAGCAGGGGGGCUACUUCAAUGCCCCUGCCCAGCCGGACCCUGACGACCAGCUCAUCAUCCCGCCAGAGCUGGAGGAGGAAGUCCGACAGAUCAUUCAGCAGCAGCAGCAGCAGGAGCAGAUCCAAACGCACAACCAGCAAACACACAGCUACCAGAAACCUGCAGACUACUUUGUCACACCCCUCUAACUUCUGCCCCCCAUAACAACAUCCAGGAUUUCAGUUUCAGGGAUGGAGAACUCUGGAACCAGGUCUGCUGCUCUUGAUGCUCUGAACUGCAUUAAAUAGUUUGCUCCCUCCAAAAGAUUCUGAUGCUUGUGGACCAGAGAGACAGUUCUUCGUUUUUUACUUUAUUUUCUACGGUCAACUCUAUGCCCCUUGAAACGCAAUGCAAUUUUUAUAACACUUUAUGUUGAUUAAAUCUUCAUGUUAUUGAUUUUUAUCAUAUCUUUAAUUUGAAGAAGCACUUUGACUGCUUUUUAUUAGACCUUACAGAUUAAUUUAAUGUUAAAUGGUACGUGGAGAUAUGGACCAUUCAGUUUUUGUGUUGUAGCAGACGUUUCCCCCGUUUGUCACGGCUCAUGGCCUUACAGCUGUCGGAGUUAGUAAAACUGUUAAACUAACUCCUAGGAGUUUAAUACUUUAAAGUGACCUAGUCACUAAAGCAUACUAAUAUUCUCUGAGAGAAAAGAUGAUUAUUUCAGGAGGCUGAUAUUCCAGGUUUGUGUUCUCGGGGGUGUGCAGAGUUCAGGGUGGUGCUGCAGUGGUGAAUAAAUGCUGAUCCUACAGUUGUUACCAGCUCAAUGAAUGUUCUCAGAACAGUGUUACAGACUUCAUGACAACAGCAAAUCGCACAAGAGAGCUACCUUUUUCUAAAUAAUAAAUGAAAGUUUUCAGAUAACCGCAA